UCAGCUCAGCACAUCUUCAUCCAGCCCAUGGCAGACACUGCAUUUCCCGUUGUUAUCAACUCCAGUGGGUGAUGACAUCAUCUCUGCUGAAGGUAUCCGUUGAGUUUGCUGGGAAGCUUCUGAGACGCUGGGGAAGAAGGUAGGAAAUGGUUGCCCCAGUUCACCAACUGUGAAGACCUAGGAUCACACAACUACAGCUUUGUUUCUCCAAGUGUUUCAGGAUGUAAAUGUAGUCUGACCUUUCCCUGCUGGACAGUUAAAUCAUGGACACGCUAAACAAUUUAAUUUGGAAUGUCCUUCCAAAAGAUGCUUUGGCUUCUCUCUCGAAUGCUCACUAAGCAUUUGUAGCUGACAAGGAAAAGGAAGAAAACUGUGAACUGGAAAGUUAUCUUACAAUGAAAAUUACGAGCACAUCUUGCAUCUGUCCAGUCCUCGUGUGUCUCUGUUUUGUGCAGAGGUGUUAUGGAACUGCUCAACACAGCUCCAUCAAGGGGACCAGAAACCAAACCAAACACAUCGAAGGUGAAACCGAAGUCCACCACCGUCCCAAAAGGGGAUGGGUUUGGAAUCAGUUCUUUGUUUUAGAAGAACAUAUGGGACCAGAUCCACAAUAUGUUGGAAAACUGCACUCCAAUUCUGACAAAGGUGAUGGAUCUGUGAAGUACAUCCUUACUGGAGAAGGUGCUGGGACUAUAUUUAUCAUUGAUGAUACCACGGGUGACAUCCACUCAACAAAAAGCCUAGACAGAGAGCAGAAGACCCACUAUGUGCUUCAUGCUCAGGCUAUUGACAGACGAACAAACAAGCCCCUUGAACCUGAAUCUGAGUUUAUCAUCAAAGUGCAAGACAUCAAUGACAAUGCUCCGAAGUUCACAGAUGGACCAUAUAUCGUAACUGUGCCUGAAAUGUCAGAUAUGGGUACCUCUGUUCUACAGGUGACAGCCACUGAUGCAGAUGACCCUACCUAUGGAAACAGUGCUCGGGUGGUUUACAGCAUUCUCCAGGGACAGCCCUACUUCUCUGUAGACCCUAAAACAGGAGUUAUUAGAACUGCCUUACAUAAUAUGGACAGAGAAGCCAGAGAACAUUACUCAGUGGUCAUUCAAGCCAAAGACAUGGCUGGGCAAGUUGGAGGGCUGUCGGGAUCCACCACGGUCAACAUCACCCUGACAGAUGUCAAUGACAACCCCCCACGGUUUCCUCAAAAACACUAUCAGCUGUAUGUUCCUGAGUCAGCUCAAGUUGGUUCAGCUGUUGGGAAAAUCAAGGCAAAUGAUGCGGACACUGGUUCAAAUGCGGACAUGACAUACUCCAUCAUUAAUGGUGAUGGUGUUGGGAUAUUCUCCAUCUCCACUGACAAAGAGACCAGAGAAGGGAUCCUUUCCUUAAAGAAGCCACUGAACUAUGAGAAAAAGAAGUCAUAUACCCUCAACAUAGAAGGAGCCAAUACACAUCUUGAUUUUCGCUUUUCUCACUUGGGUCCUUUUAAAGAUGCUACCAUGCUGAAGAUCAUUGUUGGGGAUGUAGAUGAACCACCACUAUUUUCCAUGCCUUCCUAUGUCAUGGAAGUCUAUGAAAAUGCCAAGAUUGGGACUGUUGUUGGCACAGUUUUGGCACAAGAUCCCGACAGUGCUAACAGCUUAGUAAGAUACUUUAUCGACUACAAUGCUGAAGAUGACAGGUUUUUCAACAUUGAUGCCAACACUGGAACCAUUAAGACUACCAAGGUUCUUGAUAGAGAAGAAACUCCAUGGUACAACAUCACAGUUGCUGCUUCAGAAAAUGACAAUCCGAGUUUGCUGAGCCAUGUCACAGUGGUUAUUAGAGUUCUGGAUGUCAAUGACAAUCCGCCCGAACUUGCCAGGGAAUAUGAUAUUGUUGUCUGUGAAAAUUCUAAGCCUGGCCAGGUUAUUCAUACCAUCAGUGCCACUGAUAAGGAUGAUUUUGCCAAUGGACAAAAGUUUAACUUCUUUCUUGAUGAACAUCUGUCUAUAAACCCAAACUUCACUCUGAAGGACAAUGAAGAUAACACAGCCAGCAUUCUGACAAGGCGGAGGAGAUUUAGUCGAACUAUUCAGGAUGUGUAUUACCUCCCCAUUAUGAUCUCUGACGGUGGAAUCCCCUCUCUCAGCAGCAGCAGUACCCUCACCAUCAGGGUUUGUGCGUGCGAGAGAGACGGGCGCGUGCGGACCUGCCGUGCAGAAGCCGUCCUGUCCUCGGCUGGCUUGAGUACAGGAGCCUUAAUCGCUAUUCUACUGUGCGUCGUCAUUCUCCUAGCAAUUGUAGUACUUUUCAUCACCCUGAGACGCAGCAAAAAAGAGCCCCUGAUCAUUUCAGAGGAGGACGUGCGGGAGAACGUGGUCACCUAUGAUGACGAGGGGGGCGGCGAGGAAGACACCGAGGCCUUUGACAUCACAGCCUUGAGGAAUCCGUCUGCGGCCGAGGAGCUCAAGCACCGGAGAGAUAUCAGGCCAGAAGUGAAACUCACCCCCAGGCACCAGACGUUUUCCACCCUGGAAAGUAUAGAUGUUCAGGAGUUUAUUAAGCAAAGACUGGCUGAAGCCGACCUGGACCCCAGCGUCCCGCCUUAUGACUCUCUGCAGACUUACGCCUACGAGGGUCAGAGAUCGGAAGCCGGGUCCAUCAGCUCUCUGGAUUCGGCAGCCACACAAUCAGACCAGGAUUAUCAGUACCUUGGAGACUGGGGACCCGAGUUUAAAAAGUUAGCUGAACUCUAUGGAGAAAUAGAAUCUGAAAGAACAACUUAGGGGGUCCAUUCUUGCAACCUUCUAGAAUUCGCUUCCUGAGCAAGUGGAGAUAUAACCUCAGCAAUGGCAAGGCAGAAGCUUGGAAACAGUACUAGGAACUGAGCAAGCAGAGCACAGCUACUGUAGAAACAAGUGCCCUUUUCAUGAUCGAAACUGGGUUAUUUAAUCAGAAGAAAAUCAAGUUAAAAAAAAAAAUACAGAGAAAAAGCUAUUGUUCCUUGUGUAUAUUUUCAAUUGCUCAAUAAAGUCUGUGUACUGUUUAAUGAAGAAUACCUGAAUUAAGCCAAACGAUGAUAUUUGUUUCAAUAUUUUGUGAUUUCUUUUCAAAAGCAAAAGUGAACAAGAAGUUUCCAAAUCACUCAUGACUCUGAUUUCUAGGGGUGGUACCCUGCAAAAUGAAACUGGUGAAGUUAAUCACGACCUCUUUUUCCACUGUUUUGGGUGGACUCUUGAGACCCACACCCUGUUUUUGUGACACAUCUCAUUAGCUUUGUCUUGUGUUGAAAUGACAUGAGGUAUUUCCAAUAUACCAGGCCACUCUGUCAUGGACUUGUAUGUACCAUUUUCCUUUGCCCUCCCCACUUCUUUUCUCCAUAUGAAAUUGAUGGAGCACGGGGAUUUGCUGCUUGUACUGUGAUGUAUGCAACUUCUGUGCACCAGUUGUGCACUGCUCUGAAUCACGGAGACUACUGUCUCUGUCCUGCCUGUCCCCCUUUAUUUUAACAGGAGAACCCCCUUUUUUAAGUGGCUAGAAUGAAUGUUUUAAGAUAUACUCAGAUCAUCUAUGUCAGGGAAAGAUUUAAUUAAAAAAAACAAAAACAAAACCUACAAACCUUAUCCUGUACAAAACAUUGAGGAACUCUAUACUUUUUUUUCUCCAUUUGUUUUAGUGCAUUUGCAUCAGCAAUUCUGAUAAUUCCUGACCUAAAAUUGGUUGUCAAAUAUUUGAUGAUUGGUUUAUAUUUGUCUAAUUUGCUUAUUUUUAACAUGGCAGUCAUUAAAAAAAUAAUGACGCGGUGGGGUGGAG